UGCCAAAAAUGACAUUAAAAUUAAUAACGUGUAAAAGGCAUUUAAAAAAAAACAGAUUAUUAAAAACUCUCUUCCUAGUUAUAUUAAAUAUUAUCUAUUGAAAUAGUGACCAUUGUGGCCUAUAUUACUCAAAUUGGUGUUAAUCUAUAAUGAAAAGAAGAUUUACUGAAAGUUUUGUAGUAGAGAACAAUGUUUUUAAACAGUAUUAGCAAGACGUUGUUGUUUGUUUUUACAGUGGCUUUAGCGUCUAAUAUAGCCUACAAAUUUUAUCACAAGAAGAGGAAGAAGGAUAAGCCUGAAAUAAACGAAGUUAUUAUGUUUUGUAAUGUCGCUUCACCUUUAAAACAUAGCAAGUAUUCACGUUGCAAAAUAUCGCACAGUACGGAUCGUUUAUUACACUACAUAAAUGCUCCUAGAUACAGUGUAGAUGUUUGCAUGUAUGUUUUAACAAAUCCAGAUAUAAUAAACGCUCUUUUAAAACUGCAUAUUCGCGGUGUAAAGGUACGUGUGAUAUUGGACGCUGAUAUGGCAUUUGCUAGUGGAACAGGAAUAAAACGAUUCGAUAAAAUUGGAAUACCGGUCCGGUGGAUGAAGUCGACUCAUUUGAUGCAUCAUAAGUUUUGUUUGAUUGACACAUCGCAUCUUGAUGUCGAAAACGAAGAUUGUACACCAUUGAUGAUUAUUGGGUCAUUAAAUUGGACGAACCAAGCUGUGACCGGCAACUGGGAGGAUGUAAUAGUGACUUCACAGAAAGAUCUUAUUAGACAAUAUCAGAAUGAAUUUGAGAAACUGUGGUUACAAUUUAAACCAAUUGUAGUUUUUAGAUUGAACAAAUGUUAAGAAAAAGAAUAGUGUAAAAAAUUUGAUACUAUUUUUUAUUUAUUAAUGUAAUAAAUAUAAGUACUGAACUAUGUACAUAUUUUUGGUUAUAGUUAACUUCUUUUUUCAUAUUUGAUUAAUACUUGGUUGUUAAAUUUGCAUAAUUCAUAUUGUAUAUCAAUGACAGAUCAUUUUUCAGUUAUGAAAUGAGCCAUGAACACUUUUACUAUGUCAUACAGAUAACUUUGAAACAGAUGUAACAUCGUUAAUAUCAAUACUGUUGAAUAUGGCCCUACAAUUUAUGAAUUUAUUUUGAAUCAGGAUUUAUUUUGAAACCGGGCAUUAGUCUGAUUAAGCAAAAAUCCAUCUUAGCAAUAAAAAAUGAAAGUAGUGUGUUAUUUAAAAGGUUGACUUUAUUGACAAGGAGUUAAGUGUCUUCUAAUUUUUAAGUCUAAUGUAUUUCAAAUUACUAUUUUUUAUUGAUUUC